GAGUAAUUGGCUAGCGCCUUCGGCACAGUCGCAGACGUUUUCUUUUCCGUCAUAUUUGUCCUCUCUUUGUCUUAUAAUCUUCCACUUGUCUUUUUCUUCUCGACGUCUUCGUCGAUCCAUCACAUCUUGGCCUCCUGUUCCUUCUCAUCUUUUGCAAUCUAUGGUGCUCAAAUUUUUUCACUUGUCAAAUUUUUUAUAAUAUUUUCGUCGACCAAUCCUUCAUUAUCUUCCUUUUCUUUUCCUUUCUCGACAACUUUCUACUGCAUAAUAUUUUAACAGUUCCCUUGUAUAAUUUACAUAAUCUCCAUCAUAAUGUGUACAUUAUUUUUAAUAUUUUUUAUAUUUUCUAUGAAACUGUUGAUUGUACUCUAAUUAUCUUAUAAUUACUGAUAUUAAUCUCGCUCUUUAUGUCUGUAUCUUUCCUUCCUUCCCUCUUUCUAACAAACCCUGUUACGCAUCUUUCCUUUCUUUACCUUUUCUCUUUCUCAUUUUUACUCUUCUCCAUUUUUUCUACUGGAAUUCUCUUAGGGCGUAGAUAGCCAAAAAAUCACAAAUAUUGGAAAAUCUCAAAUUCUUCCUCUUUCCACAUGUACUUUCUUCUCCACCUAUCCUAUUCAUAUUCUUCUUUUUCUCUUUUUCGCUUCAUCUCCACAACGUUUCCGUUGAACAGCUCGUCUCUCUCUCUCUCCCUCUCUCUGAUGCUUUUCUCCUUUCCCUCUUCAUCCUCCUUGCAUCUUCUCCUCCUACUCGCUCCACCUUCUUUAUCGUUAUCCUUUUCAUUCCCAUUCUCCAACCUCUUCUAAAUGUUCUUCCUCUGAUUCUAGUCUACUUUCUUCUUCUACAUCUUCUUAGUUGAGCAAUCAGCACGCACACUGAUUUCAGUCCAGAUUGUCUGUCAAUAUAGUAAUCAGUUCAUUUAAUUUUCCUCAUCACUACAACUGCGAUUACAGAACUCGCGCUUCAGAUUGUGUGUACUGUGUAAGUGUGCAACAAUAAUUAAGCUGAAAACAUGGAUAAUAAUAUGAUGAAUGUUGAUGAGCUGUUUGUUGAAACUGGAGAAUGCGGGAAAUACCAAGUACUUCAAUACUUUUUACUAGCUUUUCCUAUCAUCUUUUCAUCUUAUCAAACCAUCACGUACAUCUUCUCUACUGGAAUUCCUGAUUACAGAUGUCUGGUGCCAGAGUGCGAGAACGAGACGGAAUCGCCGAAGUUCUCGCCGCCAUGGCUGCGAUCGGCCGUGCCGAUGGAGGCGGAAAGCGGCAGCGGUCACCCCGCCCAGUGCAUGCGGUUCCGGCCGCUAAUGAACUGCACAGACGGCGGUCUGGUGGACCGCUGCACCGCCGACCUGUUCGACCACAGCGAUCCCAUACGCUGCCACCAGUUCGUCUUCAGGGAGCACGAGAGGACAGUCGCGUCUGAGUUUAAAAUUCUGUGUCCUGAGAACGAAUGGAAAAUAGCUCUGGUUGGGACAACCAACUAUCUCGGAUUCUUGAUAGGAAUGCCAAUAGCCGGUGUUCUGUCGGAUAGUUACGGAAGAAAGACAAUACUGAUUGUAUCCUGCUUCCUCCAAUCAUUGAUUGGAGUGCUACGCUCUUUCUCUCAGGACUACGAAGUGUAUCUUCUACUCCAAUUCAUGGGAGCAUUUUUUUGUGGUGCUUAUAAUGCAGGAUUCAUACUAGCUUUGGAGGCGGUUGGACCAUCAAAGCGUGUUUUGGGAAAUGCCAUUAUCUGCUGUUUUCAUUCUUUGGGUGAAGCCAAUGUCGCCUUCACAAUGUGGAUACUAAAAGACUGGAGAUGGAUGUCCCAGGUUCUCUUUGGGCCUGGCCUACUCUCUCUUGCUUAUUAUUGGUUGGUGCCAGAAUCAGUGAGAUGGUUGAUAACAAAGGGAAAUGUGGAAGAGGCAACUGAUGUGUUCAAAAGAAUGGCGAAAAUAAAUGGAAGGGAGUUGUCCCCGGAAUUUGAAAGUCGAGUUGAAGCUAUGUCUACUUCAAAUCAGCUUCCUCAACCCCCAGCCAAGGAAAUGAUCCAAAUCAAAGAUAUAGAGGUUCGAAAUUCGUCAGUGGGAUCUAUCGAUAAUACUAAGAGAAGGAACAGUGUGAGAAAACAAACAUCAGCAUCAAUGAAGGAGAUUCUAAAGUCGCACACACUAAUGUUCAGGAUAUUCUGUGCUGUUUUUUGUUGGUGUAUAAUAACGAUGGUGUUCUUUGGCUUGGCAUUGAGAUCUGUGACAGUUGCUGGCAAUAAAUACAAAAACUUCAUUAUGACUGUACUUUUGGGCGAAGUGCCCGGUUACAUAGCCACUUACAUCCUGAUGGAUGUCAAACAAGUGGGGCGGAGACCUUCUCUCUAUCUCUCUCUUGGUCUCACAGGAGUUACGUGUCUCUUGUUUCAUGUCUGUAGAGACUAUGCCACACUGCAGUUCCUUCUGAUGCUGAUUGGGAAAUUUUCGAUAACAUUUGCAUUUGCUGUGAUCUACAUUUUUACUGCCGAAAUGUUUCCAACUGAACUCAGAAACUCUUUGCUGGGCAUUUGUUCAAUGUUCGGUCAUGUCGGCUCCAUGCUUGCUCCGCAAACAGCUUUUCUCGCGAAACCAUUAGAUCCAAUGUAUGUUUGGGGAACGACUGCUUUGAUAGCUGCUGGACUAUCAUUUCUAUUCCCUGAGACCAUAAAUGCAAGGCUUCCCGACACCAUAGGCGAAGCUGAAAAACUUGGUACAAAAUCCAACACAAAAUGAUACCAAAAAAAUGGUACAAAAUGUUGUCAACAAAAAUAAGAAGAUUGUUUUGAAAAGUGGGUAGAACUAUUGCCACUAUAGAUUUGGAAGCAAGGUUCAUAAAUUUGAAUUGAACUUGUCAAAAAGGAAAUUGAAAUCGGCCUGGAAGCGGGCUGCUGCUGGCUGGUUGAACUGUUAACGAGUAAUUACCGUUUGUGAUUACCGUUGGAGUAGUCGUUGUAGAACUUUUCAGUUUUUAGUGGUGUCCGUUAUUUCUUGUAGCGACACUCGACGUUGUACCACCAGUCGCAAACCAGGAAGUCCUGACUGAACAAAGUCCCAUUGGGGCAAAGCAUUGGCUCACCUGGUCCCUCCCCAACGCACAUAUAAAAUACCUGCGCAAUAAGCACCACCAAUAUUACUUAAUUUUAUACAAUGUUAUGAUAAAAUAUAAUAUAUGACUAAC